AGUCCAACCACCAGGGGUCGAUGUAGACGCUCAACCUCCUCGUUCAGUUCGGACCGGCUCAGACCAGUUCAGACCGAACCACAGGUGGGAACAUGCGAACACUUUAGAGAAGACAAAAUGAAGAAAGUGUUCACAGCGGAAGAAAUCACGGACUGGUUCAUCUCGGGUGCUCAGUUCGCCAACAUUAAACUGACAGAAGAAGCGGCCGAGAAGAGUGUUGAUGGAGCUCCGUCUAAAGACUCCAGCCCCUGCAAGGAUCUGGAUGAAGGCAUCCUGAAAGAUGAUGCAGAGUGGUUCCAAAAAGGAGACUCUGCGAAGAGUUCUGCUCCUCCUACACUUGCGAGCUACGAGUACCCCAGCCUACCCAUAACAAAGAACAGACAGGAGCUGGUUUCUCUUAUAGAAAACAACUCCGUAGUGGUCAUCAGAGGAGCCACAGGCAGUGGCAAGACCACCCAGGUGCCACAGUACAUUUUAGACCAUUGCAAUGAAAAGAAUGUCACAUGCAACAUCGUGGUCACCCAGCCACGCAAAAUCGGGGCAACAAGUAUCGCACGAUGGGUCGCCAAACAGCGAAAGUGUACCCUGGGUAGUCUGGUGGGAUAUCAGGUUGGAUUGGAGAAGAUGGCUACAGAGCACACACGGCUCAUUUACGUGACUACAGGAGUGCUGCUGCAGAAACUGGUUGCUACCAAAAGCCUCACUGAGUACACCCACAUAUUUGUGGAUGAGGUCCAUGAGCGCACAGAGGAGAUGGACUUCCUCCUGCUGGUGUUGAGGAAACUUCUUCAUUCCAACUCUCGAUAUGUCAAGAUCAUCCUGAUGUCAGCCACCAUUGACUGCAGACAGUUUGCAGAUUACUUUGGCACCCCAAUUCGGGGCAAGAUGAUCCCUGCCUACGUGUUCGAGGUGGAGGGUGCUCCUUAUGCCAUUGAGGAGUUUUAUCUGGAUGACCUCAAAAAAAAGUUCAGAUUCAAGGCUGAGUCACCUUAUCCAGAAGACCCUCACAUUUCAGUGGAGAUGUACGAUCUUGCCAUCAGUCUCAUUCAGAGUUUUGAUGAGAUGGAGGGCAAAGAUUCCUGGAAAGGAGAUACAAAAGGCAACAUGACUUCUUCAGAGCAGGGCAGCGUUCUCGUUUUCCUUCCUGGUUUGCAUGAAAUAAGCUUCAUGCAUGAGGCUUUGGUCAAGCUGGUUCACAAACGGUUGCAGGUUUAUUCUCUCCACUCCAGUGUCACUCUGGAGGAGCAGAAUGGUGUGUUUCUCAUCCCUGUCCCUGGAUACAGGAAGGUCAUCCUCUCCACCAACAUCGCUGAAAGCUCAGUGACCGUUCCAGACGUCAAAUACGUCAUCGACUUCUGCCUGGCCCGUCGCAUGGUCUGUGACCAAGACACCAACUAUCAGUCGCUGCGUCUCACCUGGGCCUCCAAAACCAACUGUAACCAGAGAAAAGGCAGAGCAGGUCGAGUGUCUAAGGGAUACUGUUACCGCUUUAUCCCCAAAGAGUUCUGGUGCAAUGAGAUCCCAGAGUACAUGACCCCUGAGAUGCUGCUUGCCCCAUUGGCCACCAUCAUGUUGAAGGUGAAGUUGCUGGACAUGGGAGAUCCUCGCUCCCUUCUCUCCACUGCACUCUCUCCCCCAGACCUGAGUGACAUAGUGAGGACGGUGCUUCAGCUUAAAGAGAUGGGUGCAAUAUCUGCAGAAAGCGUUGGCAAGGGUCAUAAUGACGAUGGCGAGUUAACGUUCCUUGGCAUAGUGCUGGCCCACCUACCUGUUAACGUGUACCUGGGGAAGCUGAUAGUCCUGGGCCACGUCUUUGGAUGCCUGGAUGAGUGCCUCAUCAUAGCUGCCUCACACUCUCUGAAGAGUUUCUUUGCCAUUCCGUCCAUGCAGCAGCUUGCCGGCCACAGGAGCAAGUUUGCCUUCGCCCAUGGCACGCUAAGUGACUCCAUAUCUUUUGUCAACGCCUUUAAGGCAUGGUACUCUGCCAAGAAGAAAGGACAGCUAAGACACCCCAAGGACGAGCUGAACUGGGGAAAGGAGAACUUCAUUCAGAUCAAGAGGAUCAGGGAGGUCGAAGAGCUGUACGAGGAGCUGAAGAAGCGAGUGUCUAAGUUCAACAUGCAUGUGCAAGAAAACGCACAACUUCUGGAUUACACCAGCACACACAGACUGAAGUUCAUUCUUCAGGUGGUCAUUGCUGGUGCCUACUACCCCAACUACUUUGCUCCUGGGGAAAUAGAUGACGAAAUGGCCUGCAGAGAGAUGAGCGGCUUCAACCCCAGAACAACAGUGAUGUUGAGAAACCUCCCUCCUUACAGUUUCCUGUACUACAAGCAGCUGCAGUCUCUGUUCCGCCUGUGUGGACAGGUCAAAACCAUUUCCUUUGAGAGCUCCAGAGCGUAUGUGGAGUUCUACAGGACAUCCCAGGACACAGGGGUGCUCCCUGAGGUGUCCCUCGCCCUCCUCAUGUCUCAGCAGAACCCUCGCAUGGAGCUGUCGGUCUUCCCUGUUGAGCAAAUCGAAAUGUGUGCCGGGGAAAGACACAUAACACAUAUGAAAUAUACACGGGUUAAUGUUGACCUCCAGAGCCAUUCUGUUUCUCCGGUUGGAGUUGUGAGCAGCUCCAUUGACCCAGACGCACUGCCUAACCACCGCUUGUUUGUGGUUAACAUCACUGAGGUGUUGGACGUGGGGAAUUUCUGGGGCUUCCAGGCAGACGAAGCCAGCUUGGAAAAGCAGCGCAGAUUGACAGGGGAGAUAAACAUGCAAACGCUGCAACCUGUAACCGUGUCCCUCUACCCGAACCUGCUGUGUCUGGCUCCUUAUUCUGAAGCCAAUGAGCAGAACAUGUACUACCGGGCCAAGAUCCUGCACAUCCGGGGAAAUACAGUGGAGGUGUUCUUCUUGGACUUCGGCAACACAGCAGUUGUUGACAUCAGCAACCUCAAGGAAAUCCCGUCUGAAAUCCUGUCCCACCCAUUCCAGGCUCAGGAGUUCCAAGUCAUUGAAAUGCGUCCUUCAGCCCAGUCCAUUAUCCUGGGGAACCAGUGGAGCUCCCGAGCCCGCAACCGCUUCAGCACUCUGGUGAAAGAUCAAUCGCUCUUGGUGUCACUGUAUUCCAUCCUCCAUGGUGUCAUGCGAGUGCAGCUGCACAUCAACACAGAGACAACAAACACCAGUGUGCUGGACAUCCUGGUGGAAGAAGGACAUGCUGUGAAGGCUGAAGAAAGCUUUGACUCCAAGACAAACCAUGAGGCACUGACAACUCUCUACAGAGACAUGGAAGCAGGUACUUACGUCCCUAACUCAGUCAGCAGCUCCUGGAAAGACCGCAAAAAAGAGGAGAAGCAAGUCAUCAAUGGUCUGCUCGAUCACUUCUCCAAGAGUCGCCAGCCCUGUGCCAAAGCAAAGGCCGUUCUGCACGGACCCAACAGUGCCAAUAAGGUCCAAUUUCGCCGCUUGCAUGAACAGACCUUGUACAAGACGGUGCACGUCGAGAAGAGCAGCAUCAACUCAGUGGCCGUGAAUGAAAACCCUCAGUAUAAACAUCAGAGGAUGCUGGUGGCUGGGACCGUCUCUGUCAAUGCUUCAGGAACACGGAUCCUGCUGAGAGACACCUCCAUCAUGCCAGACAUCCCUGGACUGCCCGCACUUGUCACCAUGCUCUUCACCCCCAUCAUGGAGCUACGCACUAAUGAAGAGAGGACCUGCUAUACCGGCGCCCUCUGUGGCUUGGGCUGGAACAGUCAAUCACAGGAGGGCAUCUUACCUGAGCGCGACAUUGAGCUCGCCUUUGACCUCAAGUUUGAUGUUGAAGACAUGACUGAGAUAAAUCUUCUGAGAGGGACUGUGAACCGCUUAGUGUGUGGAGGGUCCUCUGGCACUCAACAUCUGGGGCCUGAAAGGAUCGCCCAACUGCAGGAGGAAUGCCAGGACCGUCUCACCAGACUUUUCAUCAAGUCACCAUCAAGGGAAGCUGUCUCCCCGCAUCUCUAUGAGAAAUUCGGGAAGUGGAACCAGGUGGAUCCUGCUCUGAAGAUGGCUAAUGUAGAGCCUGGAAGGGCAAAGAACAGAGGUGUUCUCCAGCUCCAUCCUGUCACCCUCCUCAACAGCUAAGAAAACUGUUUUUUUUGUUUGCACUUUUGUUUAGCAGAACCGUUCAAUGUCUGACUAUGACAAUUUGAUUUAAUGUCAUUCAGAAAGGUAAUAUAUUUGAAGUUCAGAUUAUCCCAAAGUUUUAAAGGCAGCAGCAAAAGCCCAAAUUUGUUCAUUGAUGUUCCAAAAAUGACAGAAGAAGUUAUUUCCUGUUUGGAUGAGGGGCUGCUGAGGUUCAGUUCUUGUGCAGUGGACUAUUAAAAAUAGUUGUUUGCAACAGAU